AGGCUUGGGGACGGCCUCCUUCUGCUUGUCGCUCAGUGGUAGGCUCCAUCCCCUCCCCUGCCCUCCCUUUCUCUCCCCCCCUCUCUCUCCCUUCCUUCGCGAGGCCCAGCUGCUGCCGGUUCCUCUUUGCCAGCGGGGCUUUCGAGAGGAGGUUAGCUGGACCUCAGGUUGCUGAUACUGAGGAAAAGAUGUUUUCGACCCAAGACCCUGGAGAGCCACUGCCAGGAGGAGCCGCUUCUCAGCCACCAAGAGGACAGCGUCGACCCCGUAAGAAUUUUCCUCUGCGUAGGGCCUGGAAGCUUCCGAUUCCUCGAGCAUGAUAAUAGACAUGUUCCUCUUAGCCGCCAUCAUCGGUCUCUUGACCUACUGGUUUUUCUUCCGCAAGAAAAAAGAGGAGGUCCCAGAUUUCACAAAAAUCCAGCCGACAACAACAACAUCAACCAGUGAGGGCAGCUUUAUUGACAAAAUGAAGAAGACGGGAAGAAACAUUGUGGUGUUCUAUGGCUCCCAGACAGGGACUGCUGAAGAGUUUGGCAACCGCCUGGCCAAAGAUGCCCACCGGUACGGCAUGCGGGGCAUGUCUGCCGACCCUGAGGAGUACGACUUGUCCGACCUGAGUCGCCUCACCGAGAUCGAGAAGUCCCUGGCAGUUUUCUGCAUGGCCACCUACGGGGAAGGAGACCCAACAGACAACGCCCAAGACUUCUACGACUGGCUGCAGGAAACAGACGCCAACCUAGCUGGCAUCAAAUACGCCGUAUUUGGACUUGGGAAUAAAACAUACGAACAUUUCAACGCCAUGGGGAAAUACGUGGACAAGCGACUGGAGGAGCUUGGCGGCCAGCGGAUCUUUGAGCUCGGCCUGGGAGACGACGACGGGAACCUGGAAGAGGAUUUCAUCACGUGGCGCGAGCAGUUCUGGCCGGCAGUGUGCGAGCACUUUGGCGUGGAGGCCACCGGAGAUGAAUCCAGCAUACGUCAGUACGAGCUGGUUAUCUACGAAGACAUCAACAUGAACAAGGUUUACACAGGAGAAAUGGGCCGUCUCAAGAGCUACGAGAACCAGAAGCCGCCAUUUGAUGCCAAAAACCCCUUCCUGGCCCCGGUCACCGUGAACCGGAAGCUAAAUCAAGGCGGAGACAGGCAUUUCAUGCACCUAGAACUGGACAUCGCUGGUUCCAAAAUCCGGUAUGAGUCUGGAGACCACAUUGCCGUGUACCCAGCCAAUGAGGCUUCGCUAGUGAACCAGCUUGGCAAAAUCCUUGGGGCAGAUCUGGAUAUGGUCAUCUCCCUAAACAAUCUCGAUGAGGAGUCCAACAAGAAGCACCCGUUCCCUUGCCCCACCACCUAUCGCUCUGCUCUGACCUACUACCUGGACAUCACCAACCCGCCCCGCACCAACGUCCUCUAUGAGCUGGCGCAGUACGCCACGGACGCCAACGAGCAGGAGAAACUGCGCAAGAUGGCCUCCUCCUCUGCUGAAGGCAAGUCGCUGUACCUCAGCUGGGUCGUCGAGGCCCGGAGGAACAUCCUGGCCAUCCUGCAAGACACUCCCUCGCUGCGCCCUCCCAUCGACCACCUCUGUGAACUGCUGCCCCGCCUGCAGGCCCGCUACUACUCCAUCGCUUCGACCUCCAAGGUGCAACCAAACUCCGUCCACAUCUGUGCUGUAGUGGUGGAGUAUGAAACCAAGACGGGCCGGGUGAACAAAGGAGUGGCCACCAACUGGCUGAAGAACAAGCAUCCCAAUGAGAAUGGGCACAAGUCCACGGUGCCCAUGUAUGUCCGGAAGUCGCAGUUCCGGCUGCCUUUCAAAUCCGCCACUCCCGUCAUCAUGAUUGGGCCCGGGACUGGCAUCGCACCCUUCAUUGGGUUCAUCCAGGAGCGAGGCUGGCUCAAGCAGCAAGGCAAGGAGGUGGGUGAGACGGUGCUCUACUACGGCUGCCGGCACCACAAUGAGGACUACCUGUACAAGGACGAGCUGGCCAAGUUCCUCAAGGAGGGAGCCCUGACUCAGCUGAACGUGGCCUUCUCAAGGGACCAGCCGCAGAAGAUUUAUGUCCAGCACCUACUGAAGAAAAACAAGGAGAACAUCUGGAAACUGAUCCACGAAGGAAACUGCCAUAUAUAUGUGUGCGGCGACGCCCGCAACAUGGCCCGGGACGUCCUGAACACCUUCUACGAGAUCGUGGCCGAGUUCGGCAAGAUGAGCCAGCAGCAGUCCGUGGACUACGUCAAGAAACUGAUGACCAAAGGCCGCUACUCCUUGGACAUCUGGAGUUAGGGGGCCGGCGGCGUGGGCGGGGCCGUCCUGGUGGAGGAAGGGCUGCUGGGUGGAGAGCGGGGGGAGGGGGGGAACGGGACGCCCGGCUGCCACCGUGAGACUCUGCCUUCCUUUCACUCCUUUGCAUUCAGCCCCCCCACCCCCAGUGACAGGACAGGGCGUGGGGAGUCCACAGGGCUGACCCUGAAGCUAGGCAAGGCAGCACCGGUUCCCCAAGAGAACCAGCGAGCACCAACAACGUCUUCUGUCUCUCGUCCGACGACUGCUGCCAUGGGAGGCUCUCGG